AUGCAGAUCUUCGUGAAGACGCUCACGGGUAAGACCAUCACGCUGGAGGUGGAGCCCUCCGACACCAUCGAGAACGUGAAGGCCAAGCUUCAGGACAAGGAGGGCAUCCCGCCGGACCAGCAGCGCCUGAUCUUCGCCGGCAAGCAGCUGGAGGACGGCCGCACGCUGGCGGACUACAACAUCCAAAAGGAGUCCACCCUCCACCUGGUACUGCGCCUGCGGGGUGGCAAGCCCGUGCGGGUCACAAUGAUGGCCAACCACCUGCCCUGCGGCCCUGAGGUGUUUGUGGACAUCGAAGUGGACACGAGUGUGAAACAGCUGAAGAGGAAAUUGGAGCCACUGACUGGCGUGGCAUCCAAAAAACAGAAGGUCAUGCUGGCAGGCAUUGGACAGGUGGCCAUGGGGGACAAGAG